AUGCCUAGAGAACGCAUGCAAUCUGCCAAAGUGGUGCUUAUCCUCUGCUCAUGCUUUUUUGCUUAUGGCACUUACUGGUCUGAUUGGUCUUUUGAUUACUACUUCCUGUGGGCCAACUUGGCUGAUCAUCCCAAUGCGAUUGCCAGAGCCACACAAUACUAUACCAAUCAAUUGGAUGCACCCGAUAUUAUCAAGUACAUUCCCUUUGCCAACCUCAUGAUUGCCGCUGUAGGUCUCUCUGCUGGUUUAGCCAACAUGACAGACGGCAAUAUCCUGUUUGAUGGUGCUUCUUUAGUGCUGAUGUUGUUUGGGCUCUCUACUUAUGCUACCUCAGUCAAGCCAGCUAUCAAGAACAUUUCGGAAACAGAGAUCAAGAGCGAAUUAGCCAGCAACUUGAAGAACAUUGCAGCUGCUCAUUUCAUCAUCACAUUGGCCAUCACUGGUAUUGUUGGAUUGCAAAUCACGCAUUACGUUUUAAACAAGAGAGCGGAUAAUGCAGAGAAAGCUGAGGCUGUUGCUGCUGCUGCUGCUGCUGCAAAGAAAUCCAAAUAA